AUGAGUGGCAAAUUUAAUGGAGUUGCUACAUUAAUUAAAAACAAAUAUCCCACUGCGCUGUAUAUUCAUUGUAGUUCUCAUAACCUUAAUCUCUCAAUAUCAUAUUCUUGUAAUUUACCACAAAUCAGAAAUACUAUGGGUACCAUUGAAAGUAUUUAUUUAUUUUUUAAUACACCUAAAAGACAAAAGUUUUUUACUGAACAAUUAGAAAUGUUUAAAAAAGAAGAAAGUAUGAAAGAUGAUGGUUGUCAUUCAAAUAAAGAAAAACUAAAACGUCUUUGUCCAACCCGCUGGGUAGAUCGUCAUAGUUCUGUUGAAACAAUUUAUGAUUUUCUACCUGUCAUUGUGAAUAGUUUAGAAGAAAUGAUUACAUGGCCGGAUAAGAAUGUAGCAACAAAAGCUAACCAAAUACUUUUAACAUUAGGAACUUCAGAAUUCAACAUUAGUCUAUCUGUUGAAGCUAUUAAUCACAUCAACACUAUUUUAAAUGAAUUAAUGAAUAUUCGUGAAAAUGCUGAAAUAGUCUUUAGUGAUUUGUUUAAAAAUCUUAUUAAAAGAUCAAAUGAAAUGGAUAUUGAAAUAAAAAUACCAAGACUUGCUAAAAGACAAAAACAUAGAAAUAAUUUUUCUUCAGAAAAUCCUGAAGAUUAUUUUAGAGUAUCUAUUUUUAUUCCAUUUAUUGAUUCUAUAAUACAACAAUUGAAUGAUCGUUUCAACAAUCAUAAAGAAAUAAUAUCUGGUUUUCAAGUAUUAAUAAAUUCAUGUGCUAAAAGUGAUCUUCAUCAUCUUGUAAAAUAUUAUCAAGAAGAUGUUGAAAGUUAUGAAAAAGUUGUAUCUGAGGUUGAUUUAUGGCACAGAUAUUUAAAUACAAAAAAUAUUAAACCUCAGAAUGCAUUAGAUGCGUUACUUAUAUGUAAUCAGGACUUCUAUCCAAAUAUUUAUAAUUUAUUGCACAUCCUUGCUGUACUCCCAGUUACAUCUUGUGAGUCAGAAAGGUCAUUUUCCUCACUGAAGCGAAUCAAAACAUAUUUGAGGAACUCGACUUCUGAAACCAGGUUAAAUGGAUUAGCGGUUCUUAAUAUACACCGAGAAGUUCCAGUUACAGAAGAUGAAGUAAUUGAAGUAUUAGCUUCAAUAAAGCGCCGCUUAGAUUUCUCAUUGUAA